UGGCUUCUGUCUCAUUUUGUGUAAUCCAAUCAUCCUGCACUACUGCGUUUCACACUUAGUCUCCAGGAGUAAUUGAAAAGCUCACGGUGACAAUUGUCUCUUCUUCCAGAUGUCAUCAGUAUAAGGAGCACGGAUCUCAUCACCUCCUUGAUGUAGGUUGUGCGCAUGGCUCUCCGCGUCAGGGUUGCUCCAAGCAAGGUUGUUCUACAGAACCUUAUUACAUGCCUCAUCCUGUUCUACUCUGUGUACUAUGUGUCUCUGAGCAUGUGCUGCCUGACACUACAGGUGUAUGAAUUGGAUGUCCUGGCACCAUUUAAUUUCAAAACAAAUCCUUCAUGGCUCAACACAAAUUAUAAAGUUCUUUUAUUCUCAACUGAGGUCACCUACUUUGUUUGUGGAUUGCUUUUUGCUCUGGUUGUGGAAGAGUGGGUUUGGGAUUAUGCUAUUUCAGUAACUAUUCUUCAUGUUGCUAUCACUUCAACUGUCAUGUUGGAAUUCCCCUUAACAUCACAUUGGUGGGCUGCUUUAGGAGCCGGCUUAAUUUCAAUGAUAUGUGGAGGCCAGACUUUAGCAUACUGUUUAUUUAAAGACAACUUUAUAUAUCCAGAUCUGGGUAAUUUUUAGCAGUACAGAUGGAUUAAUUUGCCUCAGAAUUUCUAUCCUGUAACAUAUAUUACAUCAGAGUUAAAUUUUACUUUUUGUUUAUGUUCAAGGUUGAAUUUGUUUAGUAUACUUUAUAACAAUAAAAGAGAGAUAAAUGGAGAGCAGAACAAUUCUAGUCAACAAUUUAAGAGCAGAGUGUUGCAAACUUAUAAAACGCAGUGUUUCCCAAAGUGUGUUCCACAGAACAUUGGUUCUGGAGAAUGUUCAUACUGCUAUACAAUGGGGGAAAGUUUUAUGUUUAAGUGCAUUUGUGGAAUCCUGGGUUUAAGUACAACAAAACUCAUUUAUUUCAGCACUUUUCAGGAAUCUUUGACAUACUAUUGUGAACAAGUCAUCCAUUUUUUUUUUGACAAAGACAUUCAUUUACCCACUAAGAAAUGUCAUGCUAAUAUUCCGUUUUCCUUGUAACCUUCCCCAAACUAUGUUGUUUCAAUUGAUUACUUAUUUAGAAAAAUUAAAGUAUAAUACACAUUAUGCUUCUCCAAUGUAUUUGAUUAGGGACACAUUUUAGAAAAUAUUGGUAAAUAGUAUGAAAAAUGUAACCCAGAAAUGGGCAGAUUCAAAACUGCUGCCAAUCUCUGCAACCAGAAUUAGAUUCUAUUAUUGUCCCACAUUAUUUAUUCUAGGUUAGAGCAUUUCUUAUGAAAUUACUAGUUUUUGUUUUAACAUCUGUAUCUAUUUCUUUCUUUAGACUGUAGUCUUCUAACAUAGGGCUUCUCAAAAUCUAAUGUGAAUUUGAUUUGUCUGGGGAUCUUGUUACAGUGCAGAUUUUGGUUCAGAAGGGAGGAUGAUGGAGUCCAAGAUUAUGUACUUCUAACAGUUCUCAGGAAAUGCUAGUGCG